AUGGCCAUCCCGGAAACCCUUUAUGAGUGGCGGUACCACCUCCUCACCGCCGCCCUGGGCGUCGCCGCCGCCGUCGGCAUACUGCAUAUCCUCCCCAGUUUCCUAACCAUCCUUGGCUUUUUCGCUCCCCUACUGAUGUCCACUGCCCUAGUCCUCUGGACCGUUCCGAUCAUAGCCCGCUACUCGCAGAAGCCGCCAGAAGCCGCCGCCGGCGUGGUAGGCCGCGACAUGCUGGACUUCGUGGCCGCCGGCCACGAGGAGCUGCCGCUGCUGAUGCCGGAGGAGCUUGCGCCGCCGCCGCUUCUGCUCGACCAAAGGCCGCCGCCACUGAUGCCGGUGGAGGAGAUUGCGCCGCCGCAGCCCCCGAUGAAGGAGACGCCUCCGCCUCCUCCGGUGAAGGAGACGCCGCCACUGCCGCCUCCGGUGAAGGAGAUGCCGCCUCCGCCGUCCGAUGAGGCGGCGAAGCACCCGGAAUCCCUGUAG